CAUGUUUGUUUCAAAUGCCAUAUUACUUUUGAGUAUUGCAUGCACAGUCUCUGCUAGCUGGCAACGUCGAGUUUAUUACACGGACAACAGUUGUAAAGCCAACUUUGGUUAUGGUGUUCAGGUUUGGGUACCUAAUGCACCUUGCUCGUCACCCGCAUCAGUGACCACGUCUUGCGAAAUCAAAUCCACUGACAGUCGAGCUCUUUCAUCCGAAGGCACAGCCUGCGAUAAUCAACCUGCAACAGACAAUGCUUACGUUCCAUCCUCUUCUGAUGCUGCGCUCGUUCCUGGUGCCAAUUAUCUAAGUGUCAAUGUAUACAACAAUGCUCCAAAUCAGCAGCCUUGUUUCUUUGAUCCAACUGUACAAGUAGAACAAACUACUUAUGCUGCUGAUGGGAAAUGCUAUGCAUUCGAGAGUGGAUAUUACUUUAAAGCUUCUUGUUCUGGUACAAGUGGACAAGUCCAGUUUUGCAAUGACGCUGAAUGCAAGGACUGCAAGCCUGGCGGUCCUUCGUUUGAUAGCGGAUCUUGCCAAGUGGGAACUGGUCUUCCCACUCGAAUGAUAUGCUCUGGAUCAAAUACUAGCAAUCCACUUACACCUGUCAAUACUACUGCUGCUGCUCCCUCUUCUGCUGCUGCUGCUACAGGUGCUGCCACGGCUGCUGCUGGCGCGACUGUCUCCCCAGCCAGUUCUACUCAUGCUGCUAGUGCUAAAUCUGCUGCUACUGAAUCUCAGGCUCAGCUUUAUCUCACUGCCAUCUUGACUUCUGGCUCUCUUUUGGCUGCUCUCUAUGCAUCCCUAGUCUAGUACUCUCUUACUCGACUCAAUCCUGUCUGCAUUCUUAAUGCAAUUCUUUAACAAUAAACAAAAUACUUUGUAGCUUCUUGUUUGAUACUGC